ACUGGCCGCUGUCACCCCGUAUAUAUACCAACCACCACGGGGGAACGCGAAGCAAGUGUCUGCUCUUGAGUGCGCGUCUGUGUGUCCGUGUGCGUAUGUGUGUGUGUGUGUGUGUGGCGCGUAGAAAGUUGUGUGUACCGCAGAAAGUCGGUGGUUCCCGAGUCCAGACGAAUCGAAGAGACCAAAGCGAGGCAAAGCGCCCCGAACAGAUGUCUCGCAAGUCUCCGAGGACAAACAUGGAAUCUUUCUCCCUCGGCGACGGAUAACGUUUUGAUAGUUUCAUCACCACUGGCCGACAGAUACAGUUUACAGUGGCUGGCGUGCAGUCCUACGCACUUGUCUUUGUCACCGUGGAUGGGACGUUUGUUUGCUGGUGCUGUUUUGUUGCCUAUCGAGCGACACUUUCAUCACUUUUCCUACCUUGGCUUUUAAGACCUCGGGGAUCGGAGUUCGGCACCAUGGUGCUUUUACUCCUUGCUUCUUGGGCUAUGCUCUUAGAAACAGUGGCCGGUGGAGGAGGAGCCGGAGGAGGAGGGGGGGGGCUGGGCCUGUCCCUGGGGGGGGUGGGGCCUCGCUGCGACGGCCGCGCCUGCAACCCCCGCAUGGGGAACCUGGUCCUGGGGCGCCACGUCCUGACCCAGACGGCGUGCGGCCUCAACGCCACCGAGCGCUACUGCUCCUACCACGCCGACGGCUCCGCCCCCGGCCGCGCCCCCAAGUGCUCGGCCGCGCCCAAGUGCGGCAAGUGCAACGCCGGCGUCCCGCACCUGGCGCACCCGGCGGGCGCCAUGGCCGACUCCUCCUUCCGGAAGCCGGGCACCUGGUGGCAGUCGGCGGAGGGGGCGGAGCCGGAGACGGUGCAGCUGGACCUGGAGGCGGAGUUCUACGUCACACACCUCAUCCUGGUCUUCCGCUCGCCACGCCCGGCCACCAUGACGCUGGAGCGCUCGCGGGACUUCGGCCGCACGUGGAGCCCGCUGCAACGCUACGCCCGCGACUGCGCUGCCGCCUUCGGGGGGGAGGGGGUGGGGGGAGAGGGGGGGGAGGGGGAGGCUGCAGGGAGGAGGACGAAGACGAAGGGCAGCCAGGUUCCCUGCACCUCCAAAUACUCCGGGGCGUACCCCUGCACCAGAGGAGAGGUGAUCUACCGCGCGCUGUCGCCCUGGAGGGCCCUGGACCCGUUUGGCGCCGAGGCGCGCGAGUCGCUCGCCGUCACCAACCUCCGCGUGCGCCUGCUGCGGCACCAGACCUGCCCCUGCCAGGUCAAGAGCCCCGCCCCCGACGCCCACGAGGCCCCGCCCCCCACCCGCCACUUCGCCAUCUACGACCUCAUCGUCAAGGGCAGCUGCCUGUGCAACGGCCACGCCGAGACCUGUGAGCCCGCCCCCGGUUACCGCCCCGUCCGAGACCGGACCAAUCACGUGGUCCACGGGAGGUGUGUGUGUCGUCACAACACGGCGGGGCCCCACUGCGAGCGCUGCGGGGCCCUCCACAACGACCGGCCCUGGCAGCCGGCCGACGGCCUCACCGGGGCCCCCCACGAGUGCCAGAAGUGCCAGUGCAAUGGCCACGCCCACAGCUGCCGCUUCGAUUGGUCGGCUUGGCGGGAGUCGGGCCAGCGCAGCGGGGGCGUGUGCGAAUGCCUGCACCACACCGGGGGCCGCCAGUGUCAACACUGCGGGGCCGGCUUCUACCGGGACCCCCUGAGAGCCCACACUGCCCCCGACACCUGCACACCGUGUGGCUGCCAUCCAAUGGGCUCGCUGCCCUACCCCUCGGCCGGCGACGCCCCCUGCGACCCCGCCAAUGGCAACUGCGUCUGCAAGCCGGGGGUGGGCGGGGCCCAGUGUGACAGGUGCAUGGUGGGAUACUGGGGCUUCCACGCGUACGGCUGCCGGCCGUGCGACUGCGCCGGGGGCUGUGACCCCUUCACCGGAGACUGCGUGCUGAGCCCUGACCUGUACAACCUGGAGGGGAACUCCAGCGAGCACGGACGCAUCUUCAGGCCUGAGGAGCUGUUCUCCGCCCUGCACUACUCAGAGAAGUGUGAGUGCAAAGAGCAGACGCUGACCAAUCACAAGCUCUUCUGCGCCAUGAACUACGCAUACGUGCUGAAGGUGAAGGUGUUGUCCGCCCACGACAAGGGCUCCCACGCCGAGGUGGAGGUCAAGGUUCAGAAGGUCCUUCGGCAGGACACCAGGGUGCGGCAGGAGGGCGGGCGGGUCACCCUCUACCCCGAGUCCUGGACCGCCCGUGGCUGCACCUGCCCCAUCCUCAACCCAGGAGCUGAGUACCUGGUGGGGGGCCACUCGGACCGGAAGGCGGGCCGUCUGCUGGUCAACAUGAAGAGCCUGGUGCUCCCGUGGAAGGCCAGCCUGGGCCGCAAGCUCCUCCCCCUGCUCCGCAAGGACUGCAGCUGGUAGCCGCCGCCGCCGCCGCCACCGCCGCCACCGCCGUGGAAACAGACGGACAGACAGAGGCGGGGCAGAGCAAGAGAGGCGGCGGCGGCGGUGGCGGCGUCGCCGUGGAAACAGACGGACAGACAGAGGCGGGGCAGAGCGACGGACGGAAGGAGAGAGGGGGGGGCGAACCAGAAGGAGUUGACCGCACAGCUUUGAACGAUGACGGGGGGGUGACGAGGCAGCGGUGUUUUUUACUUUGGGGCGGAUGGUUAUCGAAUUCUGCUUCUUCUUCUUCUUCUUCUUCUUCUCUGGAUAAAGGACUGGUUGGUUGGUCAGACUCUGUAGACUGUUUAAGACCCGCCUCCCCCCCCCCCCCGCCGGGCUCUGCCGUCGUCCAAUGACAGGGCGGUACAGACACACAGAGCCAAUCACGGCUCAAGGAACCUUUGUGAAAGGAUUUUGGUUUCAUAUGCGCUCGAGUUAUCAUUUUUUUUAUGCUGUAUGCAUAUAUAUGUGUAUAUAUAUAUAUAUAUAUAUAUAUAUACAUGUAUAUAAAUACACACGACCCCAGCCGUGUCCCCAGAGGCGAGCUGAAGGCUACGGACGAGAGACGGACUCCACUGUGCUUCGUUCCGGGCCCCUGGGGAAGGCUCUCUGUAAACAACUCGCCGUCCCGUGGGACAAGAACCACGUUCAUGUGCACACACGCACACGCAUAUUCACAUCGUACCCACACACACACACACACGCACACUGAAACAUAUGUUUCUGUCGCAACAUUUUAUUACAUGGACACAAAACAGGAUUCUUUCUCUUUUUAGUUCUUCCAAGAAGAACUGACCAAACCACACACAAAAACCUACACACACACACACACACACACACACACACACACACACACACACACACACACACACACACAAAGACUCACACUUUUCCCUGUCCGCCCAGUUCAACUGGACCAGCCAUUCAGGGAAGUAAAUAUUACCGCAGCAGACGCACAUGCCAGUAACCACGGAGACGUCGACUAAGCCAUACAUGCCGCUACAGGUGACUCAGCCUGUAGCGAGUCCAGGUGCGCCGGUGUAGAAACCACAGCUGAAAGGGGCUCGCUCCCCCGACGAGAAUGUAUUUGUCUGUGUGUGUGUGUGUGUGUGUGUGUGUGUGUGUGUGUGUGUGUGUGUGUGUGUGUGUGUGUGUGUGUGUGCUUUUUUGCGCGUGUGCGUGUGUGUGUGUGCGCGUGUGAGAAAGAAAGUGAGAAAGACAUUUUGAGCACAGAUGCAGUUUAAAAAAAGGCUUCAAAACUUUUAUGGACAUUUGUGCUUCUCUGUAGACAAAUCAGUGUACAGUGCGAAUCGACAAAGCUUCAUCAAAGCUACGUCAGUAGGUGUAGCGCGGAGAAAGCUCCGCUCUCUGCAUUUUUUAAAGCCACGGCCUUCAAUCUUUUUGUGUUUUUUCUCGUAAGUGACAUUUUGUAUAUAUCUUAUAAAAAAUAUCCUUGCUCAUC